UAUGAUAGAGGCAAGCGAGGCAAGUUAGCACGCCAAGUAUAGAGCAGUACAGAAAAGAGUCAUAAUCAUCAAAAAUGCCGAGUCAAGAAGUCCUUACAACAAAAGUUGUGGUCCAUCCACUGGUAUUAUUAAGUGUCGUGGAUCAUUAUACUCGUAUGGGAAAAAUAGGUAAUCAAAAACGUGUCGUUGGUGUUUUACUUGGAUCUUGGCGAGCUAAGGGUGUAUUAGACGUGUCAAACAGUUUUGCAGUUCCUUUUGACGAGGAUGACAAGGACAAAUCAGUAUGGUUUCUUGACCAUGACUACCUUGAGAAUAUGUUUGGAAUGUUCAAAAAAGUUAAUGCUCGUGAAAAAGUCGUUGGUUGGUAUCACACAGGUCCCAAACUCCAUCAAAAUGACGUAGCAAUAAAUGAAUUGAUAAGAAGAUACUGUCCUAAUUCAGUCCUUGUUAUUAUUGAUGCUAAACCAAAGGAUCUUGGUCUUCCUACUGAGGCAUAUCAAGCUGUUGAAGAAGUUCAUGAUGAUGGGUCACCAACAUCAAAGACUUUUGAGCAUAUCCCGAGUGAAAUAGGUGCUGAAGAAGCUGAAGAAGUUGGUGUAGAGCAUUUACUAAGAGAUAUAAAAGAUACAACAGUUGGUACACUAAGUCAGAGAAUUACUAAUCAAUUACUUGGACUUAAGGGAAUUCAUGCUCAACUUCGGGAAAUUAGGGAUUACUUGCUACAAGUUGGCAGUGGAAAGCUUCCAAUAAAUCAUCAAAUAGUCUAUCAACUCCAAGAUAUAUUUAAUUUACUCCCUGACAUGACUCAAAAUACUUUCGUGGACUCAUUAUAUAUAAAAACUAAUGAUCAAAUGUUAGUGGUGUACUUGGCAGCUCUUGUAAGGUCUAUAAUUGCUCUACACAACCUUAUAAACAACAAAUUAACAAAUCGUGAUGCUGAGAAAAAGGAAACGGAUAAAAAAUCCGACACCAAGAAAGAAGAAAAAAAAGAAGAAGAAAAGAAAGAAGAGAAAGAUAAAUCUAAAGCUAAGUGAUGAACCAGUAAGACUUGAUUAAUUAAAAAAAAAGAAAACAA